AUGCAACAUUUUAAUUUUCUACAGCUCAAUAACCUAUAUGCCAAUAGCAACAUAACAUCAACAUUCUCGAGUUGUCAGUCUGUAUCUUUCAGACCUGCAAGUGAUGGAAACAGUACAGUUGAGGCAAUCUGCACUUUCAAAAAGAAUGCGAAUGCCCAGCAAGUUGAUAAAGUUCUACUCUACCAUGAAUUCCGAGACAACGCAAAGGGCAUCACCACCUUAGGAACAUAUUCGCUGGACAGCAACAGUCUCUUUGUCAAUGGUUACCAUGAAUCAGCUGUUUUAACCACAAUACCACCAACUGUGACCACAACACAAACUCCAAGCCUGGAAGUGAAGCCUGUUGAAUUCAAUGUGACCUUUGUUAUCACUAACUUAGCGUUUAUUCGAAGUCUACAGGAUCCCAGUUCUUUGCUGUACAAAGACACAGUGUCAAAUAUCUCCCACCAGCUCACGGAUUUGUACAACAAGAGCAAAAUUAAUGCAAGAUUUUCAGGUUGUAAAGCUGUUUCCUUCAGCCUGGCAGAUUUUGAUAAUACCCGUGUGUAUGCAAUUUGCACAUUCAGAAAUGAUUCCACUCCUCAGGAGGUUAAUAAAGUUACUGUGUACCAUGAGUUAAGAGGCAGCACAAAGAACAUCUCCUCCUUAGGACCAUAUUCAUUGGACAAUAUCAGCCUCUACAUAAAUGGUUACCAUGAAUUGACUCCUUUACCCACAAAACUACCAAACGUGACCACAACACAAACUCCGAGCCUGGAAGAGAAACCCAUUGACUUCAAUGUGACCUUUGUUAUCACUGAUUUAGAGUUUACACAAAGUUUACAAAAUUCCAGUUCGGUGCUCUACAGUUCUGUGUCAAAUAUUAUUUCUCAGCAGCUCACUGGCCUGUACAACAAGAGCAAAAUUAAUGCAACAUUCUCAAGAUGCAAGGUUGUUUCCCUCAGCCUGGUACAUGUUGCUAACACCAAUGUGUAUGCAAUCUGCACAUUUAGCAAUGAUUCUACUACUCCUCAGGAGGUUGAUAAAGCUUCUGUGUACCAAGAGUUCAGAGACAACACAAAGGACAUCUCUACCUUAGGAAUAUAUUCACUGGAUAAUAACAGCCUCCAAAUAAAUGGUUACCAUGAAUUAACUCUUUCAUCCACAAUAUCCCCAACAGUGAUCACAACUCCAAACCUAGAAAUGAAGUCCCUUCAUUUUAAUGUGACCUUCAUUGUAACUAACCUGGCUCUGACAGCAAACCUACAAGACUCUACAACUGCACUGUACAAAUCUGCAUCAGAUAUAAUUGUUUACCAGUUGAACACGUUGUUUACUAACAGCAACAUCAGCACAACAUUUUCAAGCUGCAGGGUUCUCUCCUUCAGCCCGGCAAAUAUUGGUGACACCAGUGUGUAUGCGGUCUGCACUUUCAGAAAUGAUUCUGCUGCUCAGGUGGUUGAUAAAGUUACAGUGUACCAUGAGUUCAGAGACAACACAAAGAGCAUUUUCACCUUGGGAACAUACUUACUGGACAAUAACAGCCUCUAUGUAAAUGGUUACCAUGAAUCAACUCCUUCAUCGACGAUAUCACCAAUUGGAAGUGCAACUCCAAACGUACUAAGAAAGCCCUUUGAGUUUAACGUAACUUUCAUUAUUACUAACCUGGCCCUGACAGCAAGACUACAAUCUUCCAGUUCUGCAUUGUAUGAAUCUGCAUCAAAUGUUAUUGCUUACCAGUUGAACAACCUGUUUACCAACAGCAAUAUCAGCAAAACAUUCUCAAGCUGCAAAGUUAGCUCUUUCAGCCCGGCAAAUGUUGGUAGUGCCAGAGUCUACGCAAUCUGUACAUUCCAAAAUGAUUCAUCUGCUGAGGAGGUUAAUAAGGUUACUGUUUAUCACCAGUUUCGAUGCAACACAAAGGGCAUUUUGACCUUAGGAGUGUAUUCACUGGACAAUAACAGCCUCUAUGUAAAUGAUUAUCAUGAAUCAGCUCCUUUGCCCACAAAACAGCCAACUGUGACAGCUGCAAACCUGCAAGCAAAGCCCUUUGAUUUCAAUGUGACCUUCAUUAUAAUAAACCUGGCCCUGACAGCAAAUCUACAAGAUUCCAGUUCUUUACUACACAAAUCUGCAUCAAAUAUUAUUGCUUACCAGUUGAACAAGCUGUUUACUAACAGCAACAUCAACAGAACAUUCUCAAGCUGCAAAGUUCUCGCUUUCGAUGCAGCAAAAGUUGGUACUACCAGUGUCUAUGCAGUCUGCUCUUUCAGAAAUGAUUCUGCUCCUCAGGAGGUUAAUAAAGUUACUGUGUAUCACAAGUUCAGAGACAACACAAAGAGCAUCUCCACCUUAGGAACAUAUUCACUGGACAAUAACAGCCUCUAUGUAAAUGCUUACCAUGAAACCAUUUCUUCAGCAACUGAAGGGCCCACUGUGAUAGUGACACAACGUCCGAAUGAGGGGACAAGAUCCAUUGACUUUAAUGUCACUUUCACUAUAAGUAAUCUGACAUUUACACCAGAUUUACAAAACCUCAAUUCCUUUCCAUAUAAAGCUACAUCAAGCCAUAUUAUCAAUUUGCUCAACAAGCUGUAUGGAAAGAGCAAGAUAAAGAAAGCAUUCUUAAAUUGUAAACUCACAUCUUUCAGGCCUGGAAAUCGAGGCAAUACUAUAGUUGAAACACUCUGUUCUUUUAAAAAUAAUCCCACUGUAAAAGAAGUUGAUAAAGUCACUGUUUAUAAUGAGUUCAGAGACAACACUGAGAAAAUCACUGCAUUAGGAAGAUAUUCACUGAACAAAAACAGCCUCUAUGUAAAUGGUUACCAAGAAUUGGAACCAACUACAACAUCAACUAUAUCUUUACCUGCAGUCCGAGAAGCAGACUUGUCAUUUGAGCUUAACUUCACAAUAAUUAACAGAAAUUUCACUGAAGCACUUAAUGACCCCAAUUCCCCUGAAUAUCAAAGCAUUGUUGCUAAUGUUACAAAAAUGCUCACAGCGUUGUAUAAGAAGUCCUCUUUAAAGGACAGCUAUCGCAACUGUAAAGUUACAGGACUGAGAAUUGGACCAGUUAAAUGUACCUGCAUGUGUUACUUCAAUCCAAAUGCUGCAAAUGAACCAGUGAUAGCAGCACAAAUCAGAACAGAAUUUGCCAUUGGAACAAAUGGAACAAACUUGCUAGGAAAUGUCUACCAGCUACGAAAUAACAGUUUGACAGUGGAAGCUAAAGAACCCAUCUUUACCAGCAAAAUAGAAAUUCCAUAUUGGGGAAUAAUAAUCAUUGUCCUAGGCAUACUUCUCAUCCUAUUUCUGUUCUCCCUCUUGUGUUUACUGAUAGCAAUAUGUUUGAAAAGAAAGCACCUUGGGUCCUACGACGUGAUGCAAAACCCUGCUGGCUUGUACUUUCCACAUCAGAGAUUCUACUCACAAGAAAUACUGACAAUAAAAAAAUAAUCUUGGUAAUAAAUAGCAAUCAAGCAAAUUACAAAGUGAUUAAAGUAGAAAUAGCUUGGGACAAUUGCGUAGCUAAAUGGAACUAAUCUAACAACAAUCAUAUGCUGGAACUCACUCCACUUCUCAAGGAUAAUUUUAAGAUUCUACUUGAAAAAAGCAUUCAAAGAAUAAAUAAACUUUAUAUUGGUGACGGAAUGUACAGGUAUUAAAGCCAAAAAAGGUCAAAAGUAACAAAUAUUUGUUUUUUUUUGUGCCAUGGAUGUUUCCCUUGUCAGUCAGUUGCAUAACUUAUUAUCACCCAUCAGACUUCUGUAUUAUCUUAAAUGUUACAUUUAUCUAUAUUGACUUUACACAAACUUCAAAGAUCUGAACUUUGAUAGUACCAUUACUGUAGUGAUCAAAUAGUUUGAUGAUGUAAUUAUAGUAAACUAUUUAAAGUAAUUUCGAUGACAGAAGAAAUUGGUCAAAGUAUUUAUAAAAUUAUUUUUUUCUGGAUGAUAAACAUUUACAAAACGAUUUAUGUAAAUCUUUUCAUAUAAAGAGAACUAAGAAUAAACUACUCGAUGAAACAA